AGUCUGUGAUCAACAACAUUUCGAAGUGGUCGUGAUUCUUUUUCUCAUUUGGUAUUUUAAAAAAAAUUAUUUUUCAUCACUUUGACUCAUUCCAGAAGACUUUUUUUUGUUAAUUUCAAUGUGAUCCUGCGGUGAACUAUUUUCUGUGAAGUGAAUCUAUUUGAUCUACAUAUUUGCAAUUUUUUUUGUGAAUUUGUGCAUCAAGUAUUAACCAAUGUUUAAUUAAAUUUUGACAACAAUUUCUGACCACAUAGAGAGGCAUGGUGGAUCUUUUAUGGGUGUUACAACAAUGUUACUGCAGUUUAUGGACCAUUAAAAAGCCCACUUAAUCGAUCAAUACCAACACAAUUAAUAAUAGAUCCAAAAAUAGAAUUAAAAAAUAAACUGAAGUGAAAAGGAAAAUGGAUUCUGUACGAUUUUCUAUCAUUGAAAAUGAUUUAAAGUGGAAUCAAAAGAAUCCAGAAGUGUUGGAAGGUGAAGAAGACAAUAAGAGCAUAUCGAGUGAGAGUAGUGUUGAAGGUGGAACAGUUGAUGUAUCCAGUAUUCCUCCCCUACCAUGUGAACAAGAUAUCUGGCAAUCUCAUGAGAUUGACAAUUCCCUGAAGACUUUGCCAAAUUAUGAAAAAAUAAACGAAUUGAUAGAAUGUGGAGAUCUGGAUGGUUUAACUCACACGCAGCGUGAUAUAAAUACAGCACUUUUGCUAGCUGUUUGGCAUCAACGUCCAAGCUGUGUAGUCUCUCUGCUAAAUGAGUUCAAUGCUGAUCCCAAUACAUCAGACCUCAAAGGACGCACGCCAUUGCAUUUGUCCUGCUCAAAGGGCGACUUUUUCACUACAAAAGUCCUCCUCAGGCAUGGAGCUAAAGCCCAUCAAUGGGAUGAUAGCUUAAAGGCUACACCACUUCACUGUGCAGCAAGUGCCGGCAGUGCUGAAUGCAUUCAACUCCUUUUGAGAAACGGAGCACAACUGAAUGCUGGAAUUGAAAGAAGAUCAGCCCUUCACUAUGCUGUUGAGCGAAACAUUGUUCAUUGCGUCAAGACACUCCUGCAAUAUGGAGCAAAUCCCAAUACUCCCCAAGUCUACACAGAGACCCCUCUUCAUGUGGCUGCCAGUUUGGGCUAUGAUAAGUGCAUGAAGCUUCUCCUGGAUCAUGGCGCAGAUGUUAGAUCGCAGUUUGGCAAAAGACGCCUAACGGCCCUGCAUUUAGCCGCUGAGGAUGACUACAAGGAUUGUGUUCAAUUGCUGUUGGAUGCUGGUGCAAAGAUUGACGUGAGAAAUCAUCUGGAUCAGACUCCAUUGAUUCUAGCCUGCCUUGGCCAGGCUACAUCAACCUUGGAGCUACUUAUAAAGCGAGGAGCUGAUGUUCAUACCAUCUACAAAGACGGCCGAACAGCCCUCCAUGCGGCAAUAGUGAAAGAUAACAAAUCAUGGGAUUGCGCCAAAAUGCUUCUACGUGCUGGUGUUGAUGUUAAUCGUCCAGACAAUUAUGGUUACACACCAGUUCACAUAGCCGCUCUCAAUGAAUUCAGUUCCUGCGUUCACAUGCUCAUCGAGCACGGCGCAGACAUAACAUCUCGCACAAAUGGUGGUGUUAGUGCAUUGAGCUUCAUAGUCAGGAGAACACCAGAAGUCAUUCCCAAAUUCAUCAGCAAACUCGACAAUUCCAUUAAGGUCAACGAACACGAAAUUGGGGAUGUCGACUGUGAGAUUAAGUUAGAUUUUAGACUUCUGGUACCCAAUAACGAAAGGGGAGAAACAGAAUUACUCCUGGCAUUUAUAGAAGUUGGUCAGAAGAGGAUUCUCAAGCAUCCACUGUGUGAGACUUUCCUCUUCCUCAAAUGGAGACGAAUCCGAAAAUUCUUCCUCUUCAGCUUAUUCUACCACUCCAUCUAUGUCCUCCUCUUCACCCUCUACAUCCUUGGAGUCUACGUCAAGGAUUGCCCACUGACAUCCAGCUCAACUGAUCACUGCAAAAUCCCACCCUAUGUUAUUCCUGUUGGCUACCUAGUUCUCAUCCUCAAUCUCCUUCUACUCGCAAAGGAACUCUUUCAAAUGGCUCAUGGAUUCAGUUCGUACAUCAGAUAUUGGGAAAAUUGGCUACAGUGGACAAUUAUACUAGGUGGAUUUCUUUGUGCGACACCACAAGCUCUCAUUUCGGACGACUUAACCCUCGUGCCCAAAUGGCAACAUCACAUGGCUGCAGUUGUUAUAUUUCUGGUUUGGGUUGAGUUAAUGAUGUUGGUUGGAAGAUUUCCAAUCUUUGGUCUCUACGUCCAGAUGUUCACCAAAGUUGCUGUCAACUUCUCAAAAUUCCUCCUCGCUUACUGCUGCCUCCUCGUGGCUUUUGGCCUGACCUUUGGGGUCCUCUUUGCCAAUUACCCAGCCUUCAAGACUAUCCCAUGGGCAUUCCUGAAAACGAUAACCAUGAUGGCUGGAGAGUUGGAAUUUGAGGAUAUUUUCUACAACAGUGGACCAAUAAACUAUCCUGUAACUGCUCAUGCAAUGUUUCUUGCAUUUGUCCUGUUGGUCACUGUCAUCCUAACCAAUCUCCUGGUAGGUUUGGCAGUCAGUGACAUUCAGGGACUUCAGGCAUCUGCUGGACUCGACAGAUUGUCUCGUCAAGCUGAACUCGUUUCUCGCCUGGAGAGCCUGUUCUUCUCGAAACUCUUGAGAAAACUCCCUCCCCGGAUUCUAGCAAUUUGUCAGAGAAGUGCACUUUUGAGAACUUCCCGUUGGCACUUGCAGUUCUGCAUCAAACCCAAUGAUCCCCGAGAAAAAAGGCUACCCAAAGAUCUCAUGCUCUCAAUCUACAAAUUAGUGGCUGAAAGACGCGAUCGGAAUCAGAGUAUGAAACGCCGGAACUACACAAUGUUCAAGGAAUCAAUCAUCGACAAGGGAAACUAUGUGCAAUUGCGGAAGAACACCUCACAAACAUCCACAAAUCCCAGGCCCAAAACCAUCUCGGAAAACCCAAAGAUCUUCUACAGAAAUGCCAGAUCAACUCCUCCGCCGAUUGCUCUAAAAAUCAGCGACUUGGAGGGAGAUUGUGGGAAGAGCAAUCCAGGAAGUGUUUUGGAGAAACUCAACAAACUGGAGGAGGAGAUUUUGAAGCGUUUCGACGAAAUCAACAGAGAAAUUGUGUUUAUCAAGAUGCGCAUGGAAACGUGACUAAUGCCCAGAAAUUUACUUUUAUUUUGUAAAAAAAAAUGUAUCUGAUAGUAGCUGAUAGUUCAGGAAGAGUAAAAGGGACCCAGUUGUGCUUCUCAUUCUUGCAGUUUCAGAAAAUUAUUUGCAAAAUAAAAGUAAUUGUGCGCUGCCCUUAAUCAACAAUCAACAAUUAUACCAAAAAGUGAAAAUAUCCAAAUAAUUAUCAAAAAUAAUUAUCAGUUCAUACCACACUUGCAAUAAUUAUCAAUAUACUCCCAUUUUCAAGUAUGACAAUAAAUAAUUUAUAAUAAAACGUCUCAUGAGCAGAAAUAAAAAUAAAACUGAAUCUUACCUUU